AUGGUCGAAAGGGCCAGCCGCGUUCUUGUAGCUCGCGCCAGCGCAACAUGUACCAGCGACAGUGAUCCCGGUUGCACAAAGCCGACUCAAGUACCCACCAUCGCCAUUGCACUUGCCGUCAUUGUGCCUGUCGUCGGUAUCACGAUUGUCCUAUUCUUCUUACAUCGCAGGAACAAGAGGAAGCUUGCUGAGGAAGAUUCAAAAGACAAAUACAAGUCGCACGAUUGGGGCAUGGAGGGUGUGACUAGAGCUGGCAAGAAAGGAGGUCCCGAGAUGAGCGUUUCCGAGAAGGAAAUCCCUGGAGGCCACGACCGAGGUCUAUCCAUCGAAACCGGAAGCCCAUACAUACUGCCUGUUGGCCUGCACGGCUCUCGAGAGUCAUUCCAUUCGUUAUCGCGCUCGCAGCAUGAUCCUCAUGACCCCUACGGCCCCGUAGCUUAUCUGAAGGAUGACCAGAGCAUCCGUAGCGCAACCCGUGGUCCCUACCGAAACGACGCAGGAUCCAUGUACACAACUUCGAGCGCUGGGACAAAGAAGGAAGGCCUUCAGGCCGGUCUGCUGCAAAACGCACAGAGGAUGUCGACUUCGCACCCCAUUCGCGGCGAAUCUCUGUCCCCUGACGGCUCACGGUCUCCAGACAGCAAGUUCCCUGAACCGGGUAUUCCUCUCAGCCCAUUGAACCCACGAUUCGACAAGGAGUCGUCUCCUGUUUCACCUCCAGUUGAAUCGCCUUCCGCUGAACCCAAGACCCAGUAUGCUGCCUUCAAGCCUACCAAUGUUCCCACCAUCUCAAUUCCCGAGCCUGGUGUUACAGAAAAGCAAGUCAACAAGUCACCCGUCCAAACUACCAACGAUAUUCCCUCAUUGCCACGCGUUCAGUCCCAGGCUGUUGUACUGGAGAACACAAACACGCAUAGCAUCAUCAGUACCUCGAGCUAUGGCGAUGGUUUCCAGAUCACACCACCAUCACCCAAAGAAAGCGAGCAGCCCAAGAUCGUUGCACCCAAGCCUCGCUACUCAACUGGUCCUCAGAACGUUGGUCUUGCCGUAGACGACUUUGGUCACAGCACCAACCGUCUGUCAAUGAGCCUACGUCCUAUGCCUUCCGAUGACCCUCAGGAGAACCCCGAAGAGCGUGCCAACCGUAUCCGAUCUUUCUACAAGGAGUACUUUGACGACUCUAAGCCUGAACCCGCUGGUGGUCACCAGUACACCGACUAUGUCGAAGACUACGGCUCAGAGUACCAAGACGGCACUGUAUUCGACCCGCGCACCGGUGCCUUUGUCGUCGCACAGCCAAACGCUCCUUUUGCCGAGCCUAUUACUCGUCGUGCCAUGACACCUCCACCACGUGCUCCUCCUCGUUUCCGAAGCAACACUGCCACUGGUCCUCGCGGCCCGCACAUGUCUAACAGCUCCAUGGCUUCCUCGCAAUACCCACCGCCACGCGGCAUGUCUUCAAUGAGCGGGCGUCUACCUGCGCCAAUGAAGAAGCCACUGCCUCCACCAUCCGCUUUGUCCUCUCUUCCCACACCCGGAAAGCUAACCGAGAACUCGAUGGUUUUCGAUGCUGCUGACUUUGCGCCGCCAGUCUCGUUCCGUGAGAGACAAAACGGUAUACGACCAGACAGUCCACUGGGUGCCCCCAGACCCUACAGUCCCGCCGUGCGACCGCACACACCGCUCGUUGGUUCUUAUGACGAGCUUCCCGCGCUACCCAGUCCCUACCUGAUGCGCAAGUCCGGCACCUUCACUGCGCUUGACUUUGCACCACCUGGCCGCAUUCGCGACCCUGCUGGCUCAGGUGCCUCAGAUGCUGGAUCUAUUCGAUCAAACCAUUCUGGUAUCUCAGCGGUCGGCAGGUUCGCAGUUCGUAGCGGUGCCAACCGUGUCAGCAGGAUACCAAGAGAUGUUAUGGGUACCAGGGAUGAUUUCAUGGUACAAUUAAAGCCCAGGAUGAACAUGGUAGAGGGCGCCUAA